CUCCCGCCCGAACAAUCAUCAUUUGUCAACACUGUUGUGCAGCUCACACCGGUGUGUCUGUGUGUGUCUUUGUGUCCUCUUUCUUCUCUCUUACCAGAAUGGCUGCACACAAAGAGGACUCGGACCUUGACGAUAUUCUCGCCAACGAGGAGGAGCUGGAGAAGGCUCUGUGCGUGCUGGCUGGAAGCGACCCGGAAAACUGCUCCUAUUCUCGGGGCUACGUGAAGAGACAGGCUGUGUUUGCCUGCAACACCUGCACUCCCAGUGCUGCAGAGCCUGCUGGGGUCUGUCUGGCCUGUGCCAAUAAGUGCCACGAUGGGCAUGACAUCUUUGAACUGUACACCAAAAGAAAUUUUCGCUGUGACUGUGGAAAUGGCAAGUUUGGGGCGUUCAAGUGUCAGCUAACUCCUGCCAAAGACCAGGAAAACAUCAGAAACCUCUACAAUCACAACUUCAGUGGCUGCUACUGCACGUGUGACCGGCCAUACCCAGACACAGAUGAUCAGACCGACGAUGAGAUGAUUCAGUGUGUCAUCUGCGAAGACUGGUUUCACAGUAGGCACCUCGGCUGCACUGUGGUGGAACCUGAGGAGCUGCAGGAGAUGAUAUGUGAGGCCUGCAUGAACAAGGCUCCGGUCUUGUGGACGUAUGCUGCUCACUUUGCAGCACCACCUGUGAUCAGCGUCAGUCAUCCCGAGGAGGAGGUAGAAGUCGAUGUGGAGGAGAGAACAGAGAAGGAAGAAGCCUCUGAGUCCAGUCAAGGAAGUGAUGAGGAGCUAUCCACCACUGCUGAGAACACAAAGCAGGAGGAAGCACCAAGCAGGAGUUCCCCUUGCAAACGGACCCACGAGGAAAUGACAGGCAGCUCUGAGAAGGCCACGACCGAACCUGUUGUGUGCAGGCUGAAGGAGCUGCAGGCUAAGGGGCUGGAGAGGCAGAGACAGGGAGCGGUAUUCUGGCCCUACAGCUGGCGCUCAAAGCUCUGCACCUGCACGGGCUGCAAGAGGGCGUAUGUGGCUGCCGAGGUGCAGUUUCUUAUGGAUCAGUCCGACACCAUUCUGGCCUACGAGAACAAAGGCUUGGACGAGCCGUUUGGGCAGCACCCGCUGAUGGCGCUGACAAGCUCAAUGGACCGUGUGCAGCAGCUGGAGGUCAUUUACGGUUUCAACGAGCUGACAUCUUCGCUCACUGCGUUUUUAGACCAGUGUGCUGCUGAAGGAAAGACAGUCACAGUCGAAGCUGUACACGAGUUCUUUGCAGAGCUGCGGGCUAGAAAAAGACGAAGGACCAAUGCAGGAAACCAGUAACGAGGAGGCCAUGCUGCUGUCUUAGCCCCGGUUCAUACGGUGCUUUCAAUGAAUGUGAAACUUCGAAGAUGACCCUUUUUCUUCUGUUGAAUAAAGGGGCCUCUUGCUGCAACAUAUGUGAUCCUAAAGCUUGAACAAUUAGUGCAAAGAGUACUGACUCGCUGUCAUUGUUGUGAAGUGUUAUUUCUAAGGUGAAGGGGUGAGAGUUUUGUCCAGUUGUUUUUAUUGAUUUUCAACGAUGCCUUAACUCUGAAGCUCAUAAUGAAUGUUAUUUACGAACAGAAGAAAUUUUGUUUCAGCACGCUACGCUUUUAAAAAAAAAAAGACUCAAUUGUUGUAUUACUGUAAUGUUUUGCAAGUACGUCACAUAAUCAUUAUAAUGCCUUAUAAUGUGCAUUCCUAUAACAUGUCCAGCUCAUGAUUUGACUGAGUGAAAUAGUGUGUUUAAAUUGUCAAGAGGCUUUCUGGUAGCAACCAGUUAAAGGGAAACUUUGGUAUUUUUGUACCUGGACUCUAUUUAACUGAUGUUUUUUUUGUCUAAGUGACUGAUGGAGACAGGUUUUUAAAUUGGUCUGAUAUUGAGAGAGAUCACUCCAGCUGCAGUGGCCAAGGAGGCUGCAAUGUAAUCCCUACGGGUGCUUGUGCACCAUCUAUUUACAUCCACUAAACAUGCUUUUUUUGGGCACUGACAGGUUCAGAUUGUUAUUGGAAGUGUUUGACAUUACAGAUAAGACCCGAUAGAGAAAUUAAAUGUGACCAAGUCUCGUUCUAAAAUCAUGCAAGAGGUACUUGUUGCAAGAAAAACAGUGGUUUAAACAUUAGUAAGAGUUGGAGAAGGGAGUUGCUUGAAGAGUUUGUUGUGUUGGAGUACAGAAGGUGCAACUUUGUGUUAUAUAAAUGAUUCUCAAUGUCAUGGCUGAAUAUAUAACUGAUACUGACAAUGUGGAAAA